CUUCAUAUGUAGUCUGAGCAAAGAAUCAUUGGUGUAGUGAGAAGGAGUUGAUUUACAACUAAACUCGUGAAAAGCAUGAGCCUGGUGUUCGGUAAUGAAAGUUAAUUUGUAAAUUUUAGUGUUGGGAUAAAACCUAAAUUCAUCGUCAUCAUGGGGAAAAUAAUGAAAAUCGGAAAGGUGGUUUUGGUACUAAAUGGAAAAUACGCUGGCAGAAAAGCAGUCGUUGUUAAAAACAAUGAUGAAGGUACUGCUGAUAAGCCGUAUGGUCAUGCUUUGAUUGCUGGCAUUGAUCGUUAUCCUAGAAAAGUGACCAGAAGAAUGGGAAAAAAGAAAAUUGCUAAACGUAGCAAAAUUAAGCCUUUUGUUAAGGUUCUAAACUAUAAUCAUCUCAUGCCUACUAGGUAUAUGGUCGAUAUACAGUUUGACAAAAGUAUAGUUAACAAAGAAGUUCUGAAAGAUCCUGCUAAAAGGCGAAAAGCCAGGCGAGAUGUAAAAGCAAAAUUUGAAGAGAGGUACAAGACAGGCAAGAGCCGAUGGUUUUUCCAGAAGUUACGGUUCUAAAUUUGUAAACUACUGCAAAAUAAAAAAAAUAUUAUUAACAUCAAA